AUGAUACCGUUUUCAUUUCGUCUACUCAUCAGUCAAUAUAUAGAAAUUAACAAAGACAAUAUCGCAACCAUACCAUAUAGUUCUCUUUUAGGAUUCGGUGAUGCUGCUAUUCCUGGAAUUUUUCUCAUAUUUGUGGCAUUCUACGAUGCAUGUUGGCGAAUUCCAUACUAUAGACACUUUUUAGGUGGACUUUUAGGUUACUCGCUUGGUUAUUUAGUUACUAUCAUUGUAUUACAUGUCUCUGGCGGCAGUCAACCGGGUUUAUUGUAUCUGUGUCCAUUCACGUUUCUUGUGACCUUCAUUGUUGUUGUCAUUUGUGAUGGUCUAAAUGAAUGGAAACUAUUAUGGUCAGGCAGUUUGCCUAUAUCGGUCAAUAAUGCUAAUAUAAAUCUCGAUGGUGAUGACAACCAGGCUAAUCGGUCAGCUGAUCUUUUAGAAGUGAAUGGUUUAUUUUCAACUGAAAAUAAUUUCAUUAACAGUUCAAAGGUUGUUCUAGUCCCUGUUAAGUAA